AUGAGCUUCAAUCUUACCUCGGACGGUUCUCCCACCCCCCGCAAAGCCGUCUCUCGGUUUCCCAUGCCCAGUGAUCUCAGGCUCGAUACUUCUCCAGAGGUACUUGGCUUUGGGCCGGUAGGCACUCGCACUCGUCAACACCCCUCACAUUAUGUGUGGCCUGGCAGUGCGAUGUUGACCUCCAAUACGCAGGGUGCGAAGCGUCCGCUAGGCUCAUCGAAUAUGGGCAAUCAGAUGAUGCCGCUGCAGCCAAACAUCGAUGCUUUUAAGAAGAUCAAGAUCGAACAAGGCAAUCAUGAUGAGGGCUCCGUUGUUGAGACCUUGCUCCAACGCCUCAAUGAGCAGCGGUCCUCUCCCAACGACCAGUACGGCUCAUCCAACGGCUCUUUCCCAUUGACACCGGCCACGGACGAGUACAUGAGCGGCACACCCAAUACCGAGCCUGACUCGAUCAUGGUGGAGUCCACAGAGCUGCGGAAGCUCAAGACUGAGCUGCUAGAAGCCCGCAGCGAAGUCGCUCGUAUGAACCAGGAGCUUCACAGCACUCACGUCGCCAAGUCCACGGUCGAGCAUCUCGGCCAGUCAUCGGAGGCCGACUACGCCUACACUGAUGAGGUGACUGAGCAAACCCUCACACAGCUACAGAACAAGUUCAAUGCAGCAAACCGUAAUAACUAUGCUUGGGGCAACGAGUCUCGUCCCUUCUACAAUGCCGGUGCUCAGCAAGGCUUUUCGAGCAUGCAGGCUCCGGCCCGUCCACCCAUGCCUCAGCAGCAUUACCGCGGUCGAAACAACUUUUUGAACGAGCCUACUCACUUCCCACUUGACCAAGGCUUCCGUGGUAGCAGCAACCCGCCUACCCGCCCUCCGUCUGCUUUCGAUCCUCCAAUGUACAACCAAUACAUGGCACCGCCGCAGAUGUACACGCCCUACCAGCCCACCCCCAUUGGAACUGUCGGACCCGUUGGGCCUAUGGGCACUAGACUCUCUCCCGAGGCGUCCGAGUUCAGCGUUAGAGACGUGAUGGGCCCGUCGCCCUGGAAUUCUCAGCCACCCUCCGAUGUUGGCAAUGGCUCUCAGUACGUCGCACCCGUCGAGCCGAUGAAUUAUCGCCGUCUGUUGGAUCGCAACAUGAGCUGCAACUGGAAGUACAUCGUGGACAAGAUCAUCUGCAAUAAUGAUCAACAGGCCUCUAUCUUCUUGCAGCAGAAGCUGAAGGUUGGCACUCCAGACCAGAAGUACGAGAUCGUCGAGGCAAUCAUCGCCCAGGCGUAUCCUCUCAUGGUCAAUCGCUUCGGCAACUUCCUUGUGCAGCGCUGCUUCGAGCAUGGAACCCCGGAGCAGGUCAUCGCCAUCGCGGGCGCGAUCCGUGGAAACACUCUCACGCUGAGCAUGGAUCCGUUCGGCUGCCACGUGGUGCAGAAGGCCUUCGACUGUGUGCCCGAAGAAUAUAAAGCCACUAUGGUCCAUGAGCUUCUUCGACGCAUUCCGGAGACCGUCAUCCACCGAUACGCUUGCCACGUGUGGCAGAAGCUCUUCGAGCUUCGCUGGAGCGACUCCCCUCCUCAGAUCAUGCGAUAUGUCAACGAGGCCCUCCGCGGUAUGUGGCACGAGGUCGCCCUAGGAGAGACCGGCAGUCUGGUCGUUCAAAACAUAUUUGAGAACUGCCUCGAAGAAGACAAGCGUCCCUGCAUCAAUGAGGUGCUGGCUAGCAUUGACGUGAUCUCCCAUGGUCAGUUCGGCAAUUGGUGCAUCCAGCACAUCUGCGAACAUGGUGCUCCCGCCGAUCGUAGCCGCGCUAUCGACCACAUCCUUCGAUUCGCAACCGACUACAGCGUCGACCAGUACGCGUCCAAGGUCAUCGAGAAGUGCCUUAAGAUUGGCGGCAAUGAUUUCCUCGACCGCUACCUGGAGAGGGUUUGCGAGGGUCGUCAGGAUCGCCCGCGCAUGCCGUUGAUCGAUAUCGCCGGUGAUCAGUUCGGUAAUUACCUGGUCCAAUACAUCCUCACGAACAGCGGGUCCCAUCAUCGCGAAGUUGUUGCUUCCCACAUCCGUAAGCACAUGGUCUCACUCCGUGGUUCAAAGUACGGCUCUCGCGUUGCUAUGCUUUGCUGCAACCCGGCUCUUGCGACUCGCCCCGGCCCGCCUGGCGGUCUCAUCUCACGCAAUUACUCCGGCGUUGGUCGCAAUGGAGGUGGCAGCGCCUAUGGUGGCUACCGCUGA